CUUUGGCAUCAGCCUGACAUGCGGGGAGUCAGAAGAUCCUCCUGCAGAUGUAGCUAUUGAACUGAAAGCUGUGUUUACAGACAAACAGUUUGUCCGAAACUCUUGUGUAGCUGGAGAAUGGGGGGAAGAGCAAUCGUCUAUUCCUUACUUUCCGUUUAUACCGGACCAGCCUUUUAGGGUUGAGAUACUUUGCGAGCAUCCCCGUUUUAGAAUAUUUGUGGAUGGACAUCAGCUCUUUGAUUUUUACCAUCGUAUUGAAACACUGUCAGCAAUCAACACGAUAAAGAUAAACGGAGAUCUUCAGCUUACAAAACUUGGCUGACCUUGUUAGGACUGCAGAUUCCAAACUGGCUCAGGUGCCAUCGCCCGUUUGGAAAGGUGACAGCCAGCUCUGGACACAGCUAUGGUAGGAAGGCUGCCCCAUUCCUUUUCCGCAUGCAGUUCUUCACUUCUGUGCCGAUGAACCAGGCUGUUGUUUAUCCUGAUGAAGAACACUCUUGGUUAAUAAGACAUUGAGCCAUUUUUCUUGGAUCAAAAUAGCCCACCUCUGCUGGAUAAUCAAAUUGGAAUGGAUUCCGAAAGACUUGCAGUCUUGUUUCAGAUCUCACAGAAAGGCAGUUUCUGAAACGCAGCACUAAAACCAGUUACUGAACAGCAGUGACGAUAAAAAAAAAAAGCUUUUCUUCUGCAAGCAUUCUUUCUGCACUGAAGUGGAGUAGUGUAGCGCAACACAGGGCCAUGUGCUGACGUCCUUACCGGGGGCCUGAGCCUGGUUCCGCGGAAAUCAAUGGCAAAGCUCCCACUCACUUUAAUGGGGUACAAUCAAACUGUGUAGUCCUUAGUCAAGCACAAUUCCCACUGGUUUCUAUGGGAUUUUUGCACGUGCCUGGGGGCUGGCUCUUCUGCUGGUGUAAAUCAGCAUUACCUCCAUGGCUUGUAGUGGAAUUUUGCUGAUUGCUCCCAGCCGCUGAUUUGGCCAAAGGACUGUGCAAAAACUGAAUGAGGGUGUGAGGACACAGCGUGUAUGUUUUAGUCAGGGUAUUUGCAUAGAAUGUAGUUCGUUACAAGUUUUUGCACAAUGUAUUGUUAAUACAGUUUUUAAAGCUUAUCUGUAGUUUAUUUAUUUCUACUCAUUGUAUGUAUUAUUAGUAAAAAUGAGCAAUCUUACUGAUGGUUAAGAACAGCAAAGUGUAAACAUUUUGAAUGUACCAAAUGUCUUAGGUUCUUUGGGUAAACUUUACGUAUCAUUCUUGAAAAAUCAUGUUUCCUAUUGAACAUGUAGUUGCAUUUUAAUGGAGCCCUCUAGGCCCUGGGAAAAUGGCAUGGUAGUUGGUGGGGGUGGGGGGAACUCUUUGCAUAUUCACUAGAAACUGUUUUUCAGGGCUUACUAACUUUGCUGCACAGGAUAGGUUUGAGUUAAAAGUUGAUCCAUUUUAAAAAACUUAAUUGGUAGGUUUAACUGUGCUUUUACAACCUGAGAAAAAGUUAAAAUUUGGCAGUCUCUUAGUUCAGAAAGAGAACCAGCCUUUUUCCAGGGGAGACUGUUUUUGCACUUGUUUGAGAACAUAUUCGGCCUUUGAUAUGACAAUUAAAACUUGUCUAGACAGCCAAGUUACUAAUGCUUGAAAAUCAGCUACAGCACAUGAAUAAUAACUUUACAAGUAGCUUUUUAAAUAGUAAGUAUAGCUGUAUAAACACAGUCAUUGAGCUACACUAUAAAUGAACACCGCCACUUUUCUUGACUUUUUCAGGACUAAAUACACUUUUUUUCCCUUGGCUGCUCACAACAGACUGUAGCGGGUCUUUCUGAGUAGUUAUAAUCAUGAUAUAAACAUAUAUCUAGGCAAUUUUGAAAACAUGUAAUAUAGGGACUUUCUAAGACACAGAAUACAAAAACAUUCUUUGUAGCACAGUAUUUAAAAAAAAAAAAUAGAGAGAGAAUCUCACAAACAGAACUAUGUUAAACCUGCAAUGAAGUUGUGGUGUAAAGCAACCAGAACUGGAAUAUCCAAAGUUAAGGGCAGAGUGCCAGUUGCAAAGCCUCAUUUUGCGCUAAUUUGGCCUGCAGUUAAGAAGCCUUAGUCUGCAAGCUGAAAUUCCAACUGUGGCUCUGGUCCAAAGCCUGUU